CCUGCCCGUCAUCCCCUUCAUUCCCCAGGUGGAAAAGGAUGGCGGGGUCGGGCCUCCUCGGCCCGGCCCUGACGCUGGCCACCUUGUUGGCCCCGGCGGGGGCCCUGCCGGAUUUGGAGAACGGGACGCGGAUUUGCCAGCCGGCCCCGCGCUGGACGGUGAACGGGGUCGCCCCCAUGGAGGGCACCCAGGGCCGGGUCACCGUGGUGGCCCUCCUGAAGGCCAGCUGACACUUCUGCCUCAAGCAAGCUGCCAGCCUCGGUGGGUUGCGGGACCGCCUGGCCGGCCGCGGGGCAGGGAAUAGCAGCUUCCUCAUCGUCAACGAAAGGGAUCCCACCGCCCAGCUGCUGCACGCGGAGCUGGAGCGUCAUGCCCCCCCCGGGGUGCCCGUCUAUGCCCAGGAUGGUCCCGACCCAGACGUCUGGAGCAUCCUGGGCGGCGGCAAGGACGACUUCCUCGUCUACGACAGGUGUGGCCGUCUCACCUUCCACAUCCAGCUGCCCUUCAGCUUCCUGCACUUCCCCUACGUGGAGGCCGCCGUGCUCUUCUCCCACCGGCAUGAUUUCUGCGGCAACUGCUCCUACUACGUCCCGCAGGUGAACGACACAGCCACGCGGGAGUCGGAGCUGGAGAAGUCGCCCAGCGCCCCCACGGAAGAGCCAGAGGGACCCCCGGUCCGGGAGCCUGGCACGCCCCAGUCUCAGGACCCUACAGGCCCCCUCUCCGGGGUCCUCCUCGAGGGCAAGGAGAACAAAACCAUCCCUCAGAAGACCCCCCUCCAGGCUCACCCCCGGAAGCCUUCCCAUUCCCGGGGGGCCCUUGACUAGGCUUGGAAUGAGUCUCCAGAACCCACCAGGCCUCCCCACACCCGCUGUGCCCGGCCCUGGGCCCCACCGCUGCUCCUCAUCCUAGGCUUGGGCUCCUCCCGGGCCCGGCUCCUUCCCACCCGUCCCUCCACCGAGGGUGAGCCUUCCCUCGACCCCUGCUCCCGCCUCACACUCAUGACGUCCGCAGUGUCAACCGGCCCGCCGGGCACCGUGGGCUGAUGCCCGUUGAGGCAGAGGGGCGGAGGGGAGGGCAGAGCUCUGCCCUGCAGGGGCCGUAUCCCCCCAAACCAGAGGGCCCGGGAGCAUGCUGGAAAUGGGAUGGGAGCCGGGGCCCGGUCUGAGGGAGAUGGUCAAUAAAUUUCUCCGCCGUACA